UGCAUCCUUCCCUCCUUCUAUAUGUACCAUAAUGGCUGUGCCUUAGGCCGACCAUCCGUCAUCGCACUGAGCCGCUUGUUCGCACCCAUACCAGCGAUCCUUACACGCCAGCAACGCUUUGCUUCACUUCCACCACGAGCAUCCAUCUUCCGCACAUCGACCUGCCUUCUUCGAACGCUAUCGCCGCUUCCUGCGCCAUUCUUCGGAUGCACCAUUGGCCAACGCCAGCAAACAUCAUCCUCGUCCAUCCUCGGCGUGCAUAGCAGCCCGUACAGCAGCCCGUACAGCACUAGCACCACCACCGCCGCCGCCACGACCAUGGACCACGCAACUUCGAAGCGCAAGCAGCCUCCCGCUGGCAACGACUCACUACGCCCGACGAAACAAGUCCGCCGCCCCUCUCAGCCUCCCCCAAGGGAGAACGGCAGCACAAAGAUCGAGAACGGCACCACCGCCUCAGCCGCAGACACGCCCAACGGCCACGCUUCACCACAAUACUCGGUAGAUGAAGAACCCACCGGCGUCAUACCAGCUUCGGGGCCCGAUACCGCUGAAUGGCAGGCGACGAUUGAAAAGGUGGUGAGCAACGUUGUCAGUAUCCACUUCUGCCAAACCUGUUCCUUCGACACCGACAGCGCCAUUUCGAGCGAGGCAACAGGCUUCGUCGUUGAUGCGGAGCGUGGUUACAUCCUCACAAACCGCCACGUCGUGGGAGCUGGCCCGUUCUGGGGAUAUGUCAUUUUCGACAAUCACGAGGAGUGUGAUGUGUUCCCCGUCUAUCGCGAUCCCGUCCACGAUUUUGGUAUUCUGCGAUUCGACCCUAAGAAGAUUCGAUACAUCAAACUGAGCUCGCUGGAACUGCGACCCGAUCUGGCCAAGGUUGGGGCUGAGAUCCGCGUCGUGGGUAACGAUGCUGGUGAGAAGCUGAGCAUUCUGUCGGGUGUCAUUUCGAGGUUGGACAGGAAUGCGCCAGAGUAUGGCGAAGGAUACAGCGACUUCAACACAAACUACAUUCAAGCUGCGGCUGCUGCUAGUGGAGGAUCUUCAGGCUCGCCAGUGGUGAAUAUCGACGGCCACGCCGUUGCGCUGCAGGCAGGUGGCAGAUCGGAUGGCGCUGCGACAGAUUACUUUUUACCUCUCGAUCGACCACUACGUGCGCUGCAGUGUGUAAGAGAAGGAAAACAGGUGGAUCGAGGCACGAUACAGACACAAUGGAUACUCAAGCCCUUCGAUGAGUGCCGCAGAUUAGGCCUCACACCGGAAUGGGAGGGGAAAGUGCGAGCAGAGUUCCCAAAGGAGACGGGCAUGCUCGUUGCGGAAGUGGUGCUGCCAAAAGGCCCGGCAGAUGGCAAGCUGGAGGAAGGAGAUGUGCUCCUCAAAGUCAACGGCAAGCUGCUCACGCAGUUCGUGAGGCUGGAUGCCACCUUGGAUGACAGUGUCAAUGGUCAGGUCAAGCUGCUGAUUCAAAGAGGCGGUACGGAUAUGGAGGUCGAGAUUCGUGUUGGUGAUCUGCACCUCAUCACCCCCGAUCGCUUCGUCUCGGUUGCUGGCGCUUCGUUCCACAACCUGUCAUACCAGCAGGCACGACUCUACGCCAUCGCAAUCGAGGGCGCUGGAGUCUACUGCUGCGAAGCUGCAGGUUCCUUCCGAUUCGAAGGUUCCGAGUACGGUUGGUUGAUACAGUCCAUCGAUCACAAGCCCACGCCAGAUCUGGACUCCUUUGUGGAAGUCAUGAAGGGCGUGCCCGAUCGCGCCAGAGUGGUGGUGACAUACAAGCAUCUGCGGGACAUGCACACGCUAAACACGAGCAUCAUGUUGGUCGAUCGGCACUGGAGCAAAGCCAUGCGCAUGGCUGUGAGGAACGAUACCACCGGUCUGUGGGACUUUACAGAUCUGGCUGAGCCUAUACCGCCCACAGCACCCGUCGCACGGAAAGGCAAGUUUAUUGAGAUGGCUGGAUCACAACACAAGGCUGCCAUGGAGAUCAUCAAGUCAUUCGUCAAAGUGUCCGUCACUCUCCCAGUCAAGCUCGAUGGCUUUCCGAAGGCGCGCAAAAUAGGUUUUGGUCUGGUCGUCGACGCCGAAAAGGGUUUGGUGGUGAUAUCACGUGCUAUCGUGCCGUACGACAUGUGCGACAUUUCCGUUACCAUUGCAGACUCCAUCAUUGUAGAAGGAAAGGUCGUCUUCUUGCAUCCUUUGCAGAACUACACUGUCAUCCAGUACGACCCGAAGCUCGUGCAAGCAGAUGUGAGAAGUGCCAAGCUGGCUACGCAGCAAAUCAAACAAGGAGAGUCCACCAUCUUCUUUGGCUUCAAUCAGAAUUUGAGACCAGUCAUUGCCAAGACAACAGUCACAGACAUCACCACUGUCGCGAUUCCUGCUAGCGCCUCGACUCCGCGCUACCGUGCUACCAACCUUGACGCCAUCACAGUCGACACGUCUCUCAGCGGCCAAUGUGGUAGUGGUGUUUUGAUUGACGAAGACGGCACAGUACAGGCUCUCUGGCUCACCUACCUCGGAGAGCGCAGUGGUCACACCAACAAAGAUGUGGAAUAUCAUCUCGGUUUCGCAACGCCCGCACUCCUUCCCGUUAUUGAGGAAGUCCGCACAGGUAAAAAGCCACACCUCAACAUCCUGAAUCUGGAGACCCAAACCAUACAAAUGUCCCAAGCCCGCAUCAUGGGUGUCCCCGAAGAGUGGAUCGAUCGCGUAGAACUCGAAGAUCCAGAACGCCACCAACUCUUCAUGGUCCGCAAAGUGGACGCAGACGAAAGCACCAAAUCCGGCUUCCUCGAAGGUGACAUUAUCCUCACUCUCAACGACAAACUCAUCACCCGCGUCAGCGACAUGGACCUCAUGUACACCAACGCAGAACUUACAGCGCUCAUCAUUCGGAAACAGCAACAACUCUCACUCCAAAUUUCCACAAUCCCCACCAUCGCCCUCGAAACCCAUCACAUCCUCAUCUUCUGCGGAGCAGUAAUCCACCGACCCCACCACGCCGUCCGCCAACAAAUUUCCAAAGUCCACUCCGACAUCUACGUCUCCGCCCGCUUCCGCGGCUCUCCGGCCUACGCCUAUGGACUCGCACCAACCAAUUUCAUCCUCGCAGUCAACGCCGUCCCCGUCCAGACCCUCGACGACUUCCUCGCACAAGUCAACAAGAUUCCCGACAACACCUAUUUCCGUCUCAAGGUCAUGACCUUUGACAAUGUCCCCUGGGUGGCCACGAUGAAGAAGAAUGAACACUAUUUCCCCACCGUCGAAUUCGUCAAAGACGACGCCGAAAAAGAAGGGUGGAAGCGCAUCAUGUACGAGGAUGGUGGCAAGAAGAAAAAAGUGGGUCAAGGGGAAAUCUUGCCCGAGGUGUUGGAGGAAGGUGUCACUGGUGCCUCGGCGGGCGAUGAAGUCGAAAGGACAGAAGGGGUGAAAGAUUCUCGAGCAUAGGACACGAAACACACAUACACAUGUUGUUGUUGUUGUGGUAUGAGUGGUUGGAAAAAGAAAUUUAUAGAUGGUUAUGGAAUAUGGGAGAGGGAGACAGGGAGAAAGGGAAAAAAACAAGAGGGGUUUCUCCCGUAGCGAAAGCGAGACCUUACCGUAAUAGACAUGAUGAUAUGGCAUGUCUUUAACACCGGCUUCAAAUGCCUUUGAACUACCUACCUACUACCUACUUACUACUGCUACACUAAGAUAUAAGCUUCUUCCGCGAGCAUACCAACCCAAAGGCCUAGAGAGAAGAACGCAACCCACACGUGCUCUGUCAAGGAGCAAGAGAUGAAAUCGAGGAGUGGCGUCCCGGAAAUUAAUGCUCUACAACAUUGUACGUCCUGCCUUCACAGACCUAUGCCAGCUGAUGAAUAGAAUGGCGGCGGUACAGAUGGGCUGCUUCAUCCUCACCUCGAGACGAGCUGUCAAGACGGUGGACGGGCACAGUGACCAGGUCAAAAGAAAUUACAUUAGGACAAAUCGUAUAUGUAUGAGGAGAAACAGCAAGACAACAACAACGAACUCCAGCCCAGCAGCAUAUGAAAAACCUCAGGAUCCAAGACAGAUAGGAACUUCUUCCCAACCUUUCAAGCAGACAGCUCACAUGGCAGCUGCAACAGCUGGGCCCGCGUAUAUUCCAGCAGCGACAGCUGGAGGAGGAGGGCUCGAUACUUCGGCUUCUCCCAGUUUGCCUUCGCCAAGUUUGCUCUCGGCUUCGGCGGCUGCUGCCAUGUCAUCAUGAUCUUUCGAGAUGAUACAUUUUCGGAUGGUGAAUAGAGCCAAUACGAAGACUAGUGGGAUCGUGCAGGCGAGGAUGAGAUCAAGAUGUCCGCCCCUCUCGCUCUCAUGUGGCUCAAUAGUAAUAUUGUCGUGCUUAAGCGGACUGGCUGAUGGCGGCGAACCGGGACCGGCUGUCUUGGCUCGUUGCUACCUCGAAGCCAGAGGUGGUGAGGCCAGCUGGGCUGCCGUGGCUGUGGACAAAUCCUGGGCAUUCUCAUGCGAC